CGCGCACGCGCUUUUCUCCUGUUUAUCGGCCCCUAAAUGUUUCUCCCGUGAUGCUCCGCGUGGACGAGCAGCAAGAUGGCGGACGCUGUGGAUGAAUUUACGACAGAAACUGGAUGCGUCCCGAUCCUCCAUCCCGAGGAAAUUAAACCCCAGAGUCACUUUAAUAAUGACUACAGCGAGAGCGUCAGCCGCAAGAGCCACGUGGACGACUACAGCACUUGGGACAUCAUCAAGGCCACCCAGUAUGGUAUAUUCGAGCGAUGCCGUGAGUUGGUGGAGGCUGGAUAUGACGUGCGUCAGCCGGAUAAAGAAAAUGUCACACUCCUUCACUGGGCGGCAAUCAAUAACCGCAUAGACCUGGUCAAGUACUACAUAUCUAAAGGAGCUGUAGUUGAUCAGCUGGGAGGAGAUCUCAACUCUACACCGCUGCACUGGGCUACAAGACAGGGCCAUCUCUCUAUGGUGGUGCAGUUGAUGAAGUACGGUGCUGAUCCGUCUCUCAUUGAUGGCGAGGGAUGCAGUUGUGUGCAUCUGGCCACUCAGUUUGGACACACCUCUAUUGUAGCGUAUCUCAUCGCCAAGGGACAGGAUGUGGAUAUGAUGGAUCAGAAUGGCAUGACCCCUUUGAUGUGGGCGGCUUAUCGGAUGCACAGUGUUGACCCGACACGGCUGUUGCUGACAUUUAACGUGUCUGUGAAUCUGGGUGAUAAGUAUCAUAAGAACACGGCUCUGCACUGGGCGGUUUUGGCCGGAAACACUACGGUCAUCAGCCUGCUGUUGGAGGCCAAUGCUAAUGUGGAUGCACAGAACAUCAAGGGAGAGACGCCGCUGGAUUUGGCCAAACAGAGGAAAAAUGUGUGGAUGAUAAAUCAUCUGCAGGAGGCCAGACAGGCCAAAGGUUACGACAGCUCCUCGUACCUGAAACGGCUUAAAAUGGACAAGGAGUUCAGGCAGAAGGUGAUGUUGGGAACUCCGUUCCUGGUGAUCUGGCUGGUGGGAUUUAUCGCCGAUCUGGACAUUGACUCCUGGCUCAUCAAGGGUGUGAUGUAUGCAGUGAUGUGGCUCGUCGUGCAGUUUCUGUCCAAGUCUUUCUUUGAUCACUCCAUGCAUAGCGCUCUUCCUCUGGGCAUCUAUCUGGCCACUAAGUUUUGGAUGUACAUCACCUGGUUUUGUUGGUUCUGGAACGAUCUCCCGUUCCUCACCAUCCACCUGCCCUUCUUGCUCAACAGUCUAGCUCUCUUCUAUAACUUUGGCAAGUCUUGGAAGUCUGACCCUGGUAUCAUCAAAGCUUCCGAGGAGCAGAAGAAAAAGACUAUAGUUGAAUUGGCAGAAACAGGCUCUCUGGAUCUCAGCAUAUUCUGCAGCACCUGUUUGAUACGGAAGCCAAUCAGAUCGAAACACUGCGCCGUUUGCAAUCGAUGCAUCGCCAAGUUUGAUCACCACUGCCCGUGGGUUGGAAACUGCGUGGGAAGUGGAAACCACCGUUACUUUAUGGGCUACUUGUUCUUCCUAUUGUGUAUGAUCUGUUGGAUGAUGUACGGAUGCAUUUGCUACUGGAGGAUUCACUGUGCCACCAGCUACACUAAAGACGGCUUUUGGAUCUACAUCACCCAGAUCGCCACCUGCUCGCCGUGGAUGUUCUGGAUGUUUCUCAACAGUGUGUUUCACCUCAUGUGGGUCGCUGUACUCAUCAUGUGCCAGCUCUAUCAGAUCGCUGUUCUGGGCAUCACUACAAACGAGCGCAUGAACGCCAGAAGAUAUAAGCACUUUAAAGUUACAGCCACGUCCAUCGAGAGCCCUUUCAAUCACGGCUGUAUGAGGAACCUCAUAGAUUUCUUCGAGCUGCGCUGCUGUGGUCUGCUGCGGCCCGUGGUGGUAGACUGGACGUCCCAGUACACAAUAGAGUACGAGCAGACGUCCGGCUCAGGAUACCAGCUGGUGUAGAGCGGUGAAGGAGCGAUGGAGUGAGAGGUAGAAGAGGGGAGAGGUUUUCCUGAAGUGCUGCUCAAACGGGACCACCUCCUUCACCGAGACUGCAAACCUCACCCAGUCAGGAUAACGCAUGCUGUCACCAACUCCACCCGAGACGCAGGGACACGAGGAACAGGAAGAGGAGGAGUUUAAUGCAGUACAGCCCACUCUUCUCGAUUGGUCAGCAGAGAUGUCUGUGGUUUGUUUCGCACAUCGUUCGUUUAACUUUGGUUCUCUUCCUGUGACCCCUUUUUUGGUUGCUUGUAAAGUGAUUUCGGAUCUGCGUUAAGUCCUGGUUCAACCUGGAACCUUGCGUAGGAAUGAGAAUUAGCGUAGCAAAAGCAUUUGUGGUUUUAAGGAAUCGUUCUGGCCAAAUUUUUUUUAUUAUUAUUUGUUCUUCGUCAUGUUGCAUUAAACCUGUAUGACUGACGUGGAACAUAAAAGAAGAUGUUUAGUAGAAUGUUCAGGCUGCUCUUUUCCAUAGAAGUAAAACGUUUUUUUUUAUUUUCUUUCUAUGCAGGAAACAAUACGCGUAGAUGUUUGGAACGACAUGAUGAUUAGUUAAUAACAAAUUUUAACAUUUUAAGGUGAACGAUUCCUUUAAGCUGCCUCGAUUUGUCUGAAAACAGGCGUCGUAUUGACACGCAUUCAUAUGCCCUGAUCAAAUAAUGUGACAUAUUUAUUUUAACCUAUUUAUGUAGUAUUUUUCGCAGAGUAAUUAUGGUAUCAUGAGAUAAUUUUACAUAUCUUAAUUUCCACAUAUAUAUGUACAUUUGCAGCAUGUUUAAUAGUUUAGGUGGGGUGAAUCCUUCGAAACGUGUCAAGAAGAUAAAGCCAGGUCAUAUUUCAACCCAAAAUCAAAAGAAAAACAUAUUAGAUUAUAUUUUGGUUAGAGAAAACUGUUUUCAUGAAGGUUAAACACAUUUUCCCCAUAAUUCUCAUUGCGAUCAUGCACUAAAACCUCCUUAUUACUGAGUA